AUGCAUUUCUUCAUUCAUGGAGAUUUACAUGAAGAUAUCUAUAUGAAGAAGCCCCCGGGAUAUACUAAAGGUCAACCUGGACAAGUUUGUAAAUUGCUCAAAAGUCUGUAUGGCCUUAAACAGGCCUCACGGCAGUGGUAUGAUAAGUUCUCUCAAUCUUUGAUCAGUUUUGGUUUCAAGCAAUCCAAGGCUGAUUACAACAUUUUUACAUAUAUCACUGCCACUGAUUUUACAUCACUACUUGUCUAUGUCGAUGACAUAGUAGUUGCUAGCAGCUCUCUUACCUCCAUCUCUGUUCUCCGAAAUUUUUUGAACACCCAUUUUCUCAUUAAAGAUCUUGGUUCACUAAGGUAUUUCCUAGGCAUUGAAGUGGCUCGUUCUCCAACAGGAAUUCAUCUAUGCCAGCGAAAAUACACACUAGAUAUCUUGGCUGAUACUGGUAAUCUUGCUUCCAAACCACUCAAAAUCCCCAUGGAUCAGAACCCUAAACUAUCUAAGACAUCUAGAACCCCCUUGUCUGAUCCCACCCCUUACCGCCAGCUAAUUGGUCGACUACUUUAUCUUACUCUCACCAGACCCGACAUAAGCUAUCCCAUUCAAGUCUUGAGUCAAUACAUGGAUUGCCCUACCAUUACUCAUCUUGCUGCAGCUCAUAAAGUGCUACGUUAUCUCAAGAAUGCUCUUGGCCAAGGCAUCCUCUUGUCUGCUGCUUCUUCAUUACAGCUCAUUGGAUACUCUGAUUCGGACUGGGCAUCUUGCCCUAAUACUCGCAAGUCUUUAACUGGCUUUUGUGUCUUCUUGGGACACUCUCUCAUUUCUUGGAGAUCCAAGAAACAGACUGUGGUAUCUCGGUCUUCUACUGAGGCCAAAUAUCGGGCCAUGGCUUCUAUAUCUACUGAACUCACUUGGCUGAGGCAAUUGUUAACUGAUCUUGCCAUUCCUCAUCCUCAGUCAGCUGAGCUAUUUUGUGACAAUCAAGCCGCCUUGCAUAUCGCAUCUAAUUCGAUGUUUCAUGAAAGGAUAAAACACAUUGAAGUGGAUUGUAAUCUUAUAAGGUAUAAGAUACAAGAAGGCACACUUCGGACUGCUCAUGUUACUACACAGCUGCAGCUUGCUGAUAUGUUUACCAAGUCCUUGCCCUCUCAUUUACUCUACUCACAUUUGUCCAAGAUGGAAGUAGCUAAUAUCUACUCUCCAUCUUGCCGUGGGGUAUUAGAGUAG